UCAGCCACGCCCAAUAUGCCCCCGUACGUAGCCACUCCCAGUAUGGUGCCCACUCUCUACUCUAUGGUCUUUAGGGAAAGUAGCGUCCUUUCCUGUUCCGUCGCGGUGGCCUGUGGGAUUGCGGCGGCCGUGUCGCGGUUGUUGUCAGCACCCAAGAUGGCGGCGGCCGUAGUCGGUGUCUCCUUGAAGCGCAGCGUCGCCAGGGUGACCCUCUGGGCGGCCGCGGGGCAGGCCUGCCGUGGAGCACAGACAGCAGCUGCAGCAGCACCCGCUUCUGAAGCAGUAGCACCACGUAUCAAGACUUUUGCUAUCUACAGAUGGGAUCCCGACAAGCCUGGGGACAAGCCGCACAUGCAGACCUAUGAAAUUGAUCUGAAUAAGUGUGGGCCUAUGGUACUUGAUGCUCUGAUCAAGAUAAAAAAUGAGAUGGACUCCACUCUGACCUUCCGCAGAUCAUGUAGGGAAGGCAUUUGUGGCUCCUGUGCUAUGAACAUUAAUGGCGGGAAUACCCUGGCCUGUACCAAAAGAAUUGACACCAACCUUAGCAAGGUCUCCAAAAUCUACCCUCUCCCCCACAUGUAUGUGGUAAAGGAUCUUGUUCCGGACAUGAGUAACUUCUACGCUCAGUACAAAGCCAUUGAGCCUUACCUGAAGAAGAGGGAUGAAUCGAAUCAGGGCAAAGAGCAGUAUCUGCAGUCCAUAGAAGAUCGUCAGAAACUGGACGGGCUCUAUGAGUGCAUUCUAUGUGCCUGCUGCAGUACCAGCUGCCCCAGUUACUGGUGGAAUGGAGACAAAUACCUGGGCCCUGCGGUGCUUAUGCAGGCAUAUCGCUGGAUGAUUGACUCCAGAGAUGACUACACAGAAGAACGUCUGGCACAGCUUGAGGACCCAUUUUCCCUCUACCGCUGUCAUACCAUCAUGAACUGCACAAAAACUUGUCCCAAGGGAUUGAACCCUGGAAAAGCAAUUGCCGAAAUCAAGAAAAUGAUGGCAACUUACAAAGAGAAGCCAGUCAGCGCAUAAUGCUGUUUCUUAAUAAUAGGCAUAAAACGCACAUACUGUAGCCGAAUGUAAUUUAUAUCUGAUUUAGAAAGAGGGUUCCAGAAGGGACUCAUGUUUUCCAGAGAGAUGCAUGUACAAUAAAUACUGUAAAGAA